UAUAUUGGGCUUAUAUUUGGAGAUGGGAUAUAAGAGAACCAUUAGGUUUAGGGUUUAGCUUACUCAAACCAUCAAAACGGCUUCCUGAGACUGAAGGUUGAGAACCCAGAAGGGCACCUCACCUCAGGCCAACAACCAUGGUGCAUGUCAAUUUUUACCGGAAUUAUGGUAAAACCUUCAAGAAGCCUAGACGUCCGUACGAGAAGGAGCGUUUGGACGCUGAGUUGAAGCUCGUCGGAGAGUAUGGUCUCCGGUGUAAGAGAGAGUUGUGGAGGGUUCAGUAUGUGCUGAGCCGAAUCCGUAACAACGCUAGAAUGCUUCUGACCCUCGACGAGAAAAACCCACGUCGGAUUUUUGAGGGAGAGGCCCUUCUGAGGAGGAUGAACAGAUACGGAUUGUUGGAUGAGAGCCAGAACAAGCUCGAUUACGUUCUUGCUCUAACUGUCGAGAACUUUUUGGAGCGUCGUCUUCAGACCCUUGUCUUCAAGUCCGGUAUGGCUAAGUCAAUCCACCAUGCUCGAGUUCUUAUCAGGCAAAGGCACAUUAGAGUUGGAAGGCAGGUAGUCAACAUCCCCUCAUUCAUGGUGAGGGUUGACUCUCAGAAGCACAUUGAUUUCUCCCUCACAAGUCCCUUCGGAGGUGGUCGCCCUGGCCGUGUGAAGCGAAAGAACCAAAAGGCAGCUGCCAAGAAGGCUUCAGGUGGAGAUGGAGAUGAAGAAGACGAAGAAUGAAGAUCAUAGGGGUCCUAAGUGAGUCUUUUUUGUCCAGGAAUUUCUUUCUCUGUUAGAUUUUGUGGUUUUUGUCAACUCCACCUUGGAAUAUCAAUAUGUUAUAAUCAUAGGAAGUUUUGCUUGCUAUGCUCUAAAUCUGAUCUGUUUUUAUUUGGUUUGAAAUUAUAUAACGAGAUGGCUUAUUAUUAUAUCAAGAUGAGACACUAUUUCCCUUUAA